ACGGAGCAUUCCAGUCACUGGCCGAAAAAACCUGCGCUCGGUUGUUCUCACCGUUGGUUUUUCUCUCUAAGUUCUUUUUUUAUUUUUUUUUAAAUUUGGAUUCUACUUCAGUUGGUUUGGUGAAGAUGUCCGGCCAAUGGAGUGUUUGGAUGCUCGUCCUCGCUGGACUGGCUCUGGCUUCGGCUCGGAACCCCCCGCUGGAUUUGGCUCAACGCGUGCCUGAGGAUUUACCAAGACCUGCUGUGGAUUUCGGUCUGACCGGGAUUGAUAUGUCAGAGCUAUGGAAAAAGCACACCCUCCCGAAGGCCGAAAACCCUUCGUUCGUUCACCAGAGCCUGAACGGCGCCGCCAGCCCCACCACCGUCACGGGGAUCAAGAUGAACACCGUUAAAGGGAGAGAAGUAAACGCUUUCCUCGGCAUCAAGUUUGGCAAAGCGCCGGAGGGGAAUCUUAGGUUCAAGAAAACGGAACCGGCUGGUGUAUACUGGACAGGGGACACUUUAGACGCAACUCACUUAGGCGACAAAUGUCCCCAGAAGUCCAUGCUGGGUCACAUUCCUUCUGGCAGCGAGGACUGUCUCAAUCUCAACGUUUAUACACCUUAUCUCCCCGGAGAGAACGCAGACCCUUUGCCUGUCAUGAUGUUCAUCCACGGAGGAGCCUUCAUCUCCGGCGACUCCUCUCUGUACAUGCCCACCAAACUCCUCGACAAAGAUGUAAUCCUCGUCGUCAUCCACUACCGGUUGGGAACCUUAGGUUUCUUCUGCCUGAAUACCGAAGAGGCUCCGGGAAAUGCAGCGCUGUGGGACCAGAUUGAAGCUAUGAAAUGGAUUCGUGACAACAUCGAAGGCUUUGGGGGAGACAAGAACCGCGUGACAAUCUUUGGCGAAAGUGCCGGUUCUGCGUCAGUGAAUUACCAUCUUCUUCUGCCGGAAUCUCGGGGCCUCUUCCACCGGGUCAUCGGAGAGAGCGGGUCGGCCCUCGAGCACUGGUCCCACGAUCCCGACCCGAUCCUCUCCGCUGAGCUCAUCGGGGCAGCGAACGGGUGCCCGGCGGACGACCACGCUGCCCUGUACGACUGCAUGAUGGGUUUACCGGCCGACGACCUGGCUAUGACUCUGGAUCAUUUCGUGUCCGAAGAUCGUCAGCGGGGCGAGAUGGGCUUCCGCGGCGCCGCCCCCGUCACGCAGGUCGAGGGGCUUGCUGGCUCCCUGGUGACGAGGCUUCCUGAGGAGUAUUUCGCUGACGGGGACGUGGCCGACGUCCCGCUCAUGAUCGGCGCCAAUAAACACGAGGGCUCCUUCGUGCUGGGGAUUAUGUACACUGCUUACCUCGUCCCUAAUGAACAUAUGGAGGAUGACCUCUAUAAACGAGAACAGAUGCUGACCGACCUUCUCAACGCCUUCGGCGUGACGGACCAGACGCACGGGAUGGCGGAAUCUAUCGAAGAUGCUUUCCUCAUGGGGGUCGAUCCGGCGGACUUUGAAACAGCGGCGCCAGGACUCAUCGACAUGGCCGGCGUGUUCUUCCUGAAGGCGGGGGCGUGGAGGACGGCCAAGCUCCACGCGAACAGCACCUCGGCAGGAACGUUCGUCUACUCCUUCGACUAUGAAUCCGACGAUAGCAUGUUCCGAUGGCUGUUCAUGGGAUAUGAGGGCAUGCCUUUCAGACCAGGUGUGACCCACGCUGAUGACCUGAUGUAUCUCUUCUCUCUGCCCGCUGACCUUGACACCGAAGAACAGCUGAGGGUGAAGGAUUAUAUGGUGACGCUGUGGACCAAUUUCGCUAUUCAUGGGAACCCCACGCCCCCCGCAGCCCAAGACAGCUUGAGGGCCUUGGAAAUCCCGCAGUGGCUUCCCGUCACCAUUGAGGACAGGAAUUAUAUGCUGAUACGCGAUACGUGUUCGGUGGAAUAUGAAUAUUCUGAGAGGUGGCACAUUGCCAUGCAGGAGGACGGGCCCACCUCCACCACCUCCCCCACCUCCGCCCCAGGCACGACCUCCGCCCCUGGGCCCAGCCAGGAGGACUACGACGCCCUGGCCAGAGAGAGCCAAGCCUACAUGAUCUCGAUGAUUGUCUUCGUCGUCGCCACCGUCGGCUUAGCUGGCUUGAGUUUCUUCUUCUUCAAGAAAAAUAGAUAAAUGGGUGAAGAAGACAACAACAGAAGAAUAUUGAUGAUAUAUAAGCAAAUUGUGCUGUAACUGCUGUAUGAAAGUGUAUCUCUUAUUUUACUGAUAUGAACUGGUUUUGUACUUUCAUUCUUGGGGUGAGACUGGCCCGUUUCAUUGACUGUUCAGCAAGUCCUGUUUGUUAUUGUUUGUUAUUUGCAUUUAUGAUUGACGCCGUCUAUUGGUUAUUUUGAACAAUGACCUCAUUAAUACUGUUCCUAGCAAUAAAGUUUGUGAUUAGAA